UAUUAGAUGUGAAAAUGAUGAGCUUGACAACAAAUUGCUUGUGUUGAACAUAAGGGUAUGCAGAAUCAGAAGCCAAAGAAGUAUAUAAUCACUGUUCCAUGCAAACAGAAUAAAGUGAAGUGAAGAAGAAGAAGAAGAAGAAGAAGAAGAGGAAAAGCUUCUUUGCCAAAGGCCCUCCUCCUCCUGUAAUGCUUUCUAAAAAUAAACCUUUAGAUCUUAAUUUGCUUUUGCAAUCUCAAUCAAUACUUUUUCUUAUUCCAAACAUGAGAACCCUUUCAGAUGAAGCUUAAUUAACACCGUGUCUUCUUUUCUUUAACAAAGCUUCAAUCUUCUCCUUCAAAGAAGGCAUUAUUGGAGACACUGCAUGAUGAAAUUGGAGGUGGAGGAGACUCAUGAAUUACCACCAAAACAAACAAAUCCUUCAUAGACUCAAUCCUCAUAACAAGACACCACCAACUGAAAUAACUGUCACUGAAACAUCACACAUUUAGUAUCAAGAUGCAGCAGUUGCAGCAACAGCAAGAUGAGUACAAGCUCAAAGACACAAAGCCACAACUCGGAGAACGGUGGCCGGGAGGAGCAAAAGGCGGAGGAUGGCUAUACGGUAUCGGAGACAGGCCGACAAGCACAUACGACCUCGUCGAGCAAAUGUACUAUCUCUACGUCCGUGUCGAGAAGGCCAAAGACUUGCCGGUGAACGCCAUCACCGGAAGCAUCGACCCUUACGUCGAAGUAAAACUAGGCAACUACAAAGGCAAAACUAGACACUUUGAGAAAAAGACCAAUCCAGAAUGGAAGCAAGUGUUCGCAUUCGCAAAGGAAAGAAUUCAGUCAUCAGUGCUAGAAGUGUUCAUCAAAGACAAAGAAAUGGUGGGAAGAGAUGAUUAUGUAGGCAAAGUAGUGUUCGACCUGAAUGAAGUUCCAACGAGAGUGCCACCAGAUAGUCCAUUAGCGCCGCAAUGGUAUCGCUUGGAGGAACGGCGCGGUGAAGGGAAACUCAGAGGUGAAGUGAUGCUUGCAGUGUGGAUAGGAACACAAGCAGAUGAAGCCUUUCCAGAAGCAUGGCACACAGAUGCCACAUCAGUGCAAGGUGAAGGUGUCUACAACAUUCGCUCAAAAGUCUAUGUAUCACCAAAACUCUGGUAUCUCAGAGUGAACGUCAUUGAAGCUCAAGACGUGCAGCCGAAUGACCGGAGCCGAGUGCCGGACGUGUUCGUCAAGGCGCAAGUUGGGAACCAAGUGUUGAAGACACGGACGUGCACUGCGCGCACACUAAGCCCACUCUGGAAUGAGGAUCUAGUGUUUGUAGCUGCUGAGCCUUUUGACGAACACCUUGUGCUUACCAUCGAAGACAAAGUGAGCGCAACCAAAGAUGAACUUCUCAGCAGGAUAACACUCCCACUAACGAUCUUUGAAAAGAGGUUGGAUCACAGACCGGUGCAUUCACAGUGGUUUAAUCUGGAGAAGUUUGGGUUCGGUGCGUUGGAAGGGGAUAGAAGAAAAGAGUUGAAGUUUUCAAGUCGGGUUCACUUGCGCGUUUGUCUCGAGGGUGCUUACCAUGUUAUGGAUGAAUCAACCAUGUAUCUCUCCGACAACCGUCCGACUGCACGGCAGCUCUGGAAGGCACCCAUCGGCGUGCUCGAGCUCGGGAUACUUAGCGCGCAGGGGUUGCAAGCCAUGAAGACACGCGACACGCGCAGCACCACGGACGCGUAUUGCGUGGCUAAGUAUGGACAGAAGUGGGUGCGCACACGCACGAUCAUUGACUCGUUGAGUCCCAAGUGGAACGAGCAGUAUACCUGGGAAGUGUUCGACGCGUGCACUGUGAUAACGCUUGGUGUGUUCGAUAAUUGUCAUCUUGGUGCUGCGAAUGGUGCGGCUGUGCGUGAUGCGCGCAUCGGUAAAGUUCGGAUCAGGUUGUCGACUCUUGAGACUGAUCGGAUUUACACACAUGCUUACCCGCUUAUUGUAUUGCAACCGUCUGGUGUAAAGAAAAUGGGAGAACUUCAUCUUGCUGUGCGGUUUACUUGUCUUUCGUUCAUUACUAUGAUUCAUCUUUACUCGAGGCCGUUGUUGCCGAAGAUGCAUUAUAUUCAUCCUUUUACUGUGAAUCAGUUGGAUAGUUUAAGGUUUCAAGCGAUGACAAUUGUUGCGGCGAGGCUCGGUCGGGCUGAGCCGCCGUUGAGGCGGGAGACGGUGGAGUAUAUGUUGGAUGUGGACUCGCAUUUGUGGAGUAUGAGGAGGAGUAAGGCAAACUUUUUUCGGAUUAUGGGAUUGCUUUCUGGGGUAAUUGGAGUUUGCCGGUGGUUCGAUGAUGUUUGUCGAUGGAGGAAUCCGGUGACUACUUUGUUGGUGCAUGUUUUGUUUUUGAUUCUGGUUUGGUACCCGGAAUUGAUUUUGCCGACCGUGUUUUUGUAUAUGUUUGUUAUUGGUGUUUGGAAUUACCGGCGACGGCCUAGGCACCCGCCGCAUAUGGAUAUCAAGCUGUCAUGGGCGGAAGGGGUACCUCCGGAUGAGCUAGAUGAGGAGUUUGAUACCUUUCCGACAACCAAAGGCCAUGACAUUGUUCGACUGAGGUAUGAUAGGUUGAGGAGCGUGGCCGGAAGAAUACAGACUGUGGUGGGAGACAUGGCGACGCAGGGGGAGAGAAUACAGGGCGUUUUGAGCUGGAGGGAUCCGAGAGCGACAUCGUUGUUUGUGGUGUUUUGUUUGGUGGCCGCGGUGGUGUUGUAUGUGACUCCGUUCAGGGUGGUGGCCAUGGUGGCUGGAUUGUUUAUCAUGAGGCACCCCAGGUUUAGGAGCAAGCUGCCAUCAGUGCCCAGUAACUUCUUCAAGAGAUUACCUUCAAAGAUUGACAGCAUGCUUUGAUUAAUACUUUGCUUGUCUGGUUUUUGUUUCAUUUGGUAUGUCAGUUGAUUUCAUUACUUUGGUGGUACAUAAGAGUAUGUGUGUCUCUUUUGUGGUUAUGAUCUUUGUGUCAUCUAUGAUAUGGACAUAUUACUAAACUACUGGUUUUCUAUGUUUCU